UAGAAACAUUUCGAAACGAUUAGGCUACGUCAGGUGCGUAAGCUAGCGUUCAUUUCACGAUUAAGCAGUACACAAGUCGACCGUUUUUGGAUCACGAGAACUUCGUCUCAGCGAAAACAGAUUCUCAGGCAGCGGUGUUGAUGAUGGCAGUGGACUGGGCUGGAUAUGGAUACGCAGCACUAGUAGCAUCUGGAGGAGUCAUAGGAUAUGUCAAAGCAGGCAGUGUUCCGUCCCUAGCAGCUGGGCUGCUCUUUGGUGGUUUGGCUGGUUUUGGUGCUUACCAGACAUCACAAGAUCCCAAAAAUAUUUGGGUUUCUUUAGGUGACAGUGAUUUUGAAUUACACUACGUGUCAUCAAUAUUUUUCCUCUCUCAGCUGCAUCUGGGACACUUGCUGCUAUCAUGGGAAAAAGAUUCUAUAACUCGCACAAAAUCAUUCCAGCUGGUCUUAUCGCUGGAGCGAGUGUCCUGAUGCUGGCAAAACUCGGAGCCAGAAUGCUACAGAAACCUCAGCAAUCGUAAUACCCAAACAGAAAUCAUGGUCUGCUUUCAUUCAAACAUAAUUUUCUUUGAACAACAUGUCAUUAUAGUUCAUUGUCAUAUUGUUGUCAGGUGAAUAUCUGAAUUAAAGACUUCUGUUGAAAACA